AUGAGUGAGGAAGCGCACCAUGAGGACUUUGGUACUGGUGGAUCGGGAGCGUCAGCGACGUAUCCUAUGCAAUGUUCUGCCCUAAGAAAGAACGGAUAUGUUGUACUCAAAGGGAGACCUUGCAAGAUCGUGGAAAUGAGUACGAGUAAAACUGGAAAACAUGGUCACGCGAAAGUUCAUCUCGUUGGUUUAGAUAUUUUCACUGGCAAGAAACUUGAAGACAUUUCCCCAUCCACUCAUAACAUGGAUGUGCCAAACGUCACUCGUACUGAAUAUUCACUUCUAAACAUUGAUGACGGCUUCUUGAGUUUGAUGAAUAGCGAUGGCAGUACUAAAGACGAUGUCCGUCUCCCUGAAGGUGAAUUGGGUGAGAAGAUCAAUGCCGACUUUGAUGAAGGCAAAGAACUGUUGAUUACUAUCAUUACCGCAAUGGGCGAAGAAUCUGCUAUUUCCUACAAAGAAGCACCCAGAUCCUAA